CGCUAGGGAUCGUAAUUAAUCAAAGCAGAUUUUACUUGCUUGAGCUCAUGCUCAAAAUACUAACAGAUAAUUUUCAAUAGAGAUAAAAUUUCCAACCAAAAUGGGUAAAACUUCAAAUGUACAGAUGAAGUCAAAGACAGAAGAAAGUAGCAAUGACCAAAAUUUUACAGAGAUGUCUAGUGAUCAUGAGGAAUCUACAAGAAAAAAACCAGAAUAUUUAACAGCGUCAGAAUUUGAUACUAAAGUUUGUGAUUACUGUGGUCUAGUUUUCUAUGGACGUUUUGCCUAUGUCAGCAAAAGCAGUCAUAUGAGGAAGAUCCAUGCAGAUGUUCAUAAGUUGAGGUAUAAAGAUAGAAGAACCAAUACCCCAGAUUUUAUACCUGAUUCAGUGUUUGUGUGCCAUCUCUGUGGGACAAAAUGUAGAUACAGAAAUAGUCUGAAAAUACAUCUGAUGAAAAAACAUAAUGGUGCUGAACUACCAGAGGUCCUCAUAACAGAAAAAGUUACUCCUGCAGUGAAGAAACCAGCUGUUAUGUUUUUUUGCCCAUAUUGUGAUAGAAAAUACCAGUCAAGAGAUAGUGUGCUAAGACACUGUCGGGAACAUCAUAAAGGUAAUGAAGAGCCCAAGGAGUUCCAGACAGAAAUAGGGAUUCAAUAUAGUCAGCGAACAGUUUUACCAUCAACUCCAAAUUCUCAGGAUUCAGAACCUAGUCAUAGCACAGACAAGAAAUCUGAGUCUGUGGAGUCACUUCUGGCAGUUAAAACAGAAACACGGAAAGAAAAAAGGAGGAAUAGAGAAAGACUUAAAAAACUGAAAGAAUAUAGCGAGUUAAUGAUGAAGUCCAAAGAACCAGAUGAAUUGGUUGUUGUCAUUAAAAAAGAACCUUGUGAAUCAGUUUUUGAAUCAACAGCUGUAAAUAAAACAGAACAUUUUUUAACAACAGGGGGCAGCACUGCAGGUAAAGGAAAUAAGGAUCAGUCAAGGAGAACAAUUAGUAAAAGAAAGUCAAAGCCUGUGAAGAGGAAAGUUGCACAACCUGAUGAAGAAAGUCAGAAAAGGAGGAGAACAACUGAUAUUUCAAGUGAAAAUGAUCAGGUUCAGAUGACAGAUGAAGAAAUGGAUAAAAGAAUAGAAAAUGAGAUUGCACUUUUUUUUCAAACAAGUAAUGAUGCCACGAAAAACAAAAAAAUAAAUAAAAGAAAGAUGAAGAAAUGCAAAGAACAUUCUGAAUCAAAUAUAAUGGUAAGUGAUCCAAUUAAACAAGAGUCGUUGUCUGACGCAGUGAAUAUUAAUACAACUGAACAGGAAAUGUUCAUUCAUCCCAUACCUCUUCUUCCUGGAAACUUACAAAGUAAAAGAUCUAAACAAAAGUCCAGUGUCAGUCUCUCUUGUAAAAAUGAUGGAGGACAAAGUCCAAGCCAAUCUGACACUUCACUGAAUAAGGAUGAAAUAGAUCAAUCAUUGAAAAGCCUGUCAAGUAGAAGUUUAGAGCAUAUUGAGAAACCUCUCCAUCAAAGGUCUAAUGAGGAAGAAAAAGACACUAGUCAGGAAGAAUCUGAAAUUACUAACAUAGAACACAAAUCUCCUGUGAGAAUAGAAAGAAUUGAUUUGGAUGAAAGUUCAGAUUUUGAGGGAGAACCAUUAAAAACCGAUAUCAAAGAUGCUUUACAUCAAAGACUUAUCAUUGCAAGGGAUCAGUUAAACUACACACCAGUGACAAAAUCUGGAUCAAGUCAGAAAGAAACUGAAAUUGGUAACAAAGAAGACAAGUCUUUAGAGAGAAAAGAGAUAAUUGAUAUUGAUGAUAGUUCAGAUUUGGAGGAAGAACCAAUAAAAACUGGCAUCAAUGAGGAUGAAAGUCAUGAUGAAGAUAAUGAUAAGUCUGUAAUGUUGGCCAUACAUGAAGUACUACAUGGACAUGAUGGAGAUACUGUGGGUAGAAAAAGUAUAUUUGACCAUUUGUCAGAGAGAGAUCAACUAAAAAUAGCACUGAAUACCUCAGACCAGAACAACAUUGAAACUAAAGAUCCAAAUAGUGAGGAAAUUCUGUAAACAAAUGUAUUUUUUAUUUUCUAAUUAUACAGCAUAGAUUUCUUCAACCAUCUAUUAUUAAACAAUUAUAUGUAUGAUACUUUAACUUGGUAAGAUAUUCGUGGUUUUAAAUGUUGGCUUCUUUGCCACCGACAUGUUUAAAAGAGUUCAAUCAAGAGUACAACGUUGAAGGAACCCUUCAUUGGUCAUCUAUAUAAUAUAUUGUAUGUUUCAAGCCUUGAAGUUGCUGAUAUGCCCAGUAAUUUAUUCCAGAGGCUGAUUUCAUACUCUCAUUGUGUAAAAAGAUGCAUCAAUGAUUUGAACACUGUUAUACAUGUAUCACAAAAACAGAUGAUUUAUGCAUUAAUGAUAAUUAAUAUAACAGUGCAAAGUUUAAAAUGCUAGAUUUUUCAACUGUUACGCAUAUUCAUAGAUUUUACUGUUGAUAGAUAGCAUAAAUUUCAUUUUCUGUAAAAAAAGAAUGACAGAAAUUGCAUUUUUGUCGAGCCUGCGACUUUUGUCGCAGAAAGCUCGACAUAGGGAUAGCGAUCCGGCGGCGGCGGCGGCGUUAGCUAACUUCUUAAAAGCUUUAUAUUUUAGAAGAUGGAAGACCUGGAUGCUUCAUACUUUGUAUAUGGAUGCCUCAUGUUACGAAGUUUCCGUCAGUCACAUGUCCAAUGUCCUUGACCUCAUUUUCAUGGUUCAGUGACUACUUGAAAAAAAAGUUCAGAUUUUUUGUAAUGUUAAAUUCUCUCUUAUUAUAAGUAAUAGGAUAACUAUAUUUGGUAUGUGCGUACCUUGCAAGGUCCUCAUGCCCGUCAGACAGUUUUCACUUGACCUCGACCUCAUUUCAUGGAUCAGUGAACAAGGUUAAGUUUUCGUGGUCAAGUCCAUAUCUCAGAUACUAUAAGCAAUAGGUCUAGUAUAUUCGGUGUAUGGAAGGACUGUAAGGUGUACAUGUCCAACUGGCAGGUGUCAUCUGACCUUGACCUCAUUUUCAUGGUUCAGUGGUUAUAGUUAAGUUUUUGUGUUUUGGUCUGUUUUUCUUAUACUGUAUGCAAUAGGUCUACUAUAUUUGGUGUAUGGAAUGAUUGUAAGGUGUACAUGUCUAGCUGGCAGGUGUCAUCUGACCUUGACCUCAUUUUCAUGGUUCAGUGGUCAAAGUUAAGUUUUUGAGUUUUGGUCUUUCUUUCUAAUACUGCAUGCAAUAGGUCAGCUAUAUUUGGUGUAUGGAAUGAUUGUAAGGUGUACAUGUCUAGCUGGCAGGUGUCAUCUUACCUUGACCUCAUUUUCAUGGUUCAGUGGUCAAAGUUAAGUUUUUGAGUUUUGGUCUUUUUUUCUGAUACUAUAUGCAAUAGUUCAACUAUAUUUGGUGUAUGGAAAUAUUUUAUGAUCUAUAUGUCAGUCACGCAGGUUUUAUUUGACCUUGACCUCAUUUUCAAGGUUCAUUGCUCAGUGUUAAGUUUUUGUGUUUUCGUCUGUUUUUCUUAAACUAUAAGCAAUAGGUCAACUAUAUUUGUUGUAUGGAAGAAUUGUUAGCUGUACAUGCCUGCCUAGCAUGGUUCAUCUGACCUUGACCUCAUUUUCAUGGUUCAUUGGUCAAUGUUUAGUUUACUUGGUUAAUGUUAAGUUUAUGUGACAGUUGUAAUAAAGCUUUAUAUUUAGGACUAUCAACAUAAUAUCAAUGAUUAGUAAAGAAGGCGAGACAUUUCAGCGUGUGCACUCUUGUUUGACUUUCACUAAAAAAAAUUGAAUGAGUAGCAUGGACUUUUAUAUGAUGUCACAAGCAUUUUCUAAAUUGACAUCAUGGAUCAUAAACUACCUUUUUUUUUUGUUAUGGAUUACCUCAAGCUUAAAAAAGACAUAAAUGCAAGUCUGAAAUUAAAAGUGAAAAAGGCAAAGGAAAGCCCUUAUAAGCCCUGUCCUUUAUAAAAAGUCAUUGAUUCAUUGAAUAUGCAUUCAAUAUUAAAAAAUGUCAUAACUGUAUAAUUCAUUUAUAUUUAUCCUAACAAAUAAUAUUAUGACAAUGAAAAAAAUUAAAUUUGUUUUGCAUCCAUAAUCAGUCUAAUAUUUAAAGGGAUCAUAGAACCAUUUACUGAUUUUUGUGGAAUCAUUGAUUGAACUCUGCUAUCAUGAUGUAAAAGCCAUACUAGUGUUGGUAUUAAUCAAAAGUUUUUUAAGUAGACAUUUUUUCAUUGUCAUUUGAAGGACUGCAUAUUAAUCAUCUUUUUAUUCUGUAAUUCUGAAUAUUGUAUGUAACCAAUAUAUAUAGCUAAGUAUUACAGUGGACUAAAUAUGUGUUGUUGGGUUACUGUGUAAGUUAUGUCUACUCUUAUGAACAUCUUAUAAAGACCUGAAUCUAUUCAAAAGCUGACUGUUUUCAUCCAAACAAACAAAAUUAAAGUAUAUUGGUAUUUAAUAAGUCCUCUGUUUUACCAAAAUUUGUAGAAAGUUACAUUUGUAGCACAGUACAUUUCAAAGUGUAGAACUAUACAGAAUUUUUGAUAAUGAUUUAUUUCAUGUGCCAAAAAAUGUACAUUUUAGUAAUUUUCACAGAGUCUCCAAUUAGAACAGAUAUAACUGCAAAAGUAAAUACCCACAAAUAAAAUACUGUGGAUUCAUUUAUUUUUGUGGGUACCAAUUUUGUGGAUUACAGAAAUCUUGCAUUUUCGAGGAUAUGUGAUUUCGUGGUUCUGCCAAAGUCUGUUUACAUCUUUAUAGAAAUUUGUAUUUCGUUGAACAUUUAAAUUCGUGGUUCACCUGUACCCACAAAACCCACGAAAAUUGGUAUAAUAAUGAUUCCACAGUAUUACCAACCACAAAGCAAAUUUGCAUGCUUUUGAAAUUAACAAAAUGUCAUAGAACAGAGGUCUAAGCAAAUAGGAACAAACUGUUUGUGGAUUUAGCAUCUUUUGAUAACUUCAAAUGUCAACUAAACUUUUGAAAUCUGCCCUCAAACUAUUGGAUUUAUAUUAGUAUCUUAAAUAUACUCACAGGCAAUAUUUGCAUAUAGAAAGUUGAUUUUGUUUAAGCUCAUAUGUAGACCUUUUUAUGUUUUUUUGCUUUUAUUGUGGUGUAGGGCUCCUUUCAUUUAAGUUAAGCAUAAUGUCCUUAUAAUUUGAAUUCUGAUAUUUAUAAAGCUAUUUUGAUAUCUAUAUAAAUUCUUUCAAUGAAUAUUCGCUUAAUUAUGCAAACAGAAAGAAAGGCCUCCUAUCAGAAUUUUGGCAGAAUUUUUUUUUUUAACUAUAAACAGAACAGCAGUAUAAGUUCUUGUUUGUUGUAGGGGCCUCUGUGGCUUAGUUGUCUGAGUAGUUCACUAACCUGUCAACACUGAGGUUGUGAGUUUGAAUCCUCACUUGGCAGGUGUGAUCGACUCUAAUUUUAAUGGUCUAGGAUUGCAAGUUUUCCUGCCGAGGUCAGUGGUUCUAACCCGACACUCUGGCUUCCUCCACCGAUAAAAACUGAUCACCAAGAAAUAGCCAAUAGUGCUGAAAGUGGCUUUAAACACCAAUCAAUCAAUCUGUUAUGUUGUUGCUGUUAUUGAGCAUUGGGGAUGAAAGGGAUACAGAUCUCAGAUGAUUCUAAGUGGGUUUUUUUUGUAAAGGCUUACAUAAGAGUUAUUUAAUACUUCAAAAAAAAAAUUAACUGACAUUGAAAGUUCAUGUAAUGCACAAAAUAAUUAAGGAUCACUACCAUUUGGAGUAAUUUUAUAAUACUUUUUAUCACCCAUCAAAUAAAAAAUUAUAGACAUACUAUUUAUAUUGAUUGAAGUUUUUUUAUGCCCCCUCCGCUACGGGGGCAUUAAGUUUUACCCUUGUCCGUCUGUACGUCCGUACAUCAGUACGUCCCGUAAUUGGUUUCCCUUCACUAACUUUAGUUUGCCUAAACCAAAUGUUAUGAAACUUAUACACAAUGCUUAUUACCACAAAACACAGAUCAAGUUCGAAUUUGGGUGGUGUCGCUUUUACCUUUCUAGAGUUAUGCCCCUUUCCAAAUUGAAAAAUUGCAUAAUUUUUUGUUUCCGUUCCCUAACUUUAGUUUGCCUCAACCAAAUGUUAUAAAACUUAUACACAUAGCUUAUUACCACAAAACACAGAUCAAGUUUGAAUUUGGGUGGCGUCACUUUUACCUUUCUAGAGUUAUGCCCCUUUACAAAUGGAAAAAUUUCUGAAUUUUUCGUUUCUGUUCUCUAAAGUUUGCCUCAACCAAAUGUUAUGAAUCUUAUACACAAUGCUUAUUUCCCAAAACACAGUUCAAGUUUGAAUUUUGGUGGUGUCACUUUUACCGUUCUAGAGUUAUGCCCUUUACAAAUAGAAAAAUUGCUGAAUUGGUUUCCGUUCUGUAACUUAAGUUUGCCUCAACUAAAUGUUAUGAAACUUAUACACAAUGCUUAUUACCAGAAAACUCAGAUCAAGUACGAAUUUUGGUAGGGUCAUUUUUACUGUUCUUGAGUUAUGUCCCUAUAUAAUGUUAUAUGCAAGGGGGCAUCAUUUGUGUCCCAUGGACACAUUCCCCAUUUAUUGUUUAUUAAAUCGACACAUCUGAUUUAAUUUUUGUUCAAAAAUUUUGUCUUCUAAUAUUUCAAUAUAAGCAUGUUUAGAGUUUCGAAAAAAAUUCAUAAUUUUUCAUUGAAAAAUUAUUUCAUGAACUUUAAUUACUUUUUUAAACUAUUUUCCAUAUGUAUACCAAAAAUCAGCACAUUUGAAGGCUUAAUGAAAGAGAUUGUGACCCUUUUCUUUGAGUAACAAAUUUGGUUUGGGAAAAUUCAUCCUUUUUUCAAGGCAUUUUUUAAUGAUUUAAACUUUUUCAGGCUUUUUUGUUUUUUUGUUCAGUGUAUUAAAGAAAACCUUACAAAUUCAUGAUUGAAGAUCACAAUAGUAUAAAUUGAAUCAACACCAUACUGCUUAGUUAUAAGAAAUGUACAUGUAGUGCUGAAUGGCUUGAGCUUCCUUCUGCAUUUGUUUUAUGUUGAUGCAUGUAGAAGAUAAGAAUAGUCACAUUUUUCAUAUUAUUUGUAAUUAAUAAUUGUUGAUUUUAACUUGUUUACGUUCAAUGUAACAUACCUGCAGAUUAUUCAUGCAUCUGUAUCUGUAUUUGUUUAUGAUCAUUUACCAUGGUAGGGAAUUUCUAUAAUGGGAUUAACCUUUAUUUGGAGUCUAACAUUUGUAUAAUAGCAGCUUAUAUAAUUUCCAGAAAAAUGUAGUUGUUCAAAAACUUAAAUUACGUGUUUGUCUUCCAUUGAGAUAGCUUUUAAAUGUCAUUAAGUAAAAAGGCAAAUUAGUUUUAGUAAAGUCAUGGGGCUAAACUUGUUUGAUUGAUCACCUGAUCUUAAAGUCAAGUUACAGUAAAUGGGCACAGUGCAGGAAAUGCUGGGGAAAUAUUGUGAUGUUUUAUAAAAUACAGUCGUUGUCAUUGACCACCUUGCAACUUGUGAUGUUGCAGCAUAAGGACAUUUUUCUCUGUUCUUUAAAUAUUUUGCCAAUUAUUCUCUAUGCUUUAUAUUUCAGCACCCUAUUAUUCUCCAUUCUUUCCUUUGUUGCCUUUUUUUCUCUUUUCUUUAUUUUUUUUACCAUUUUACUGUAGUAUUGGCCUAUUACGGUAUUCUAUACACUGUAAACCCCAUCCAGACCCUUGAGCAUGGUACAGUAAAUCUUAUGAGUUUAUGGUUUAGGAAGGUUUUCGUUAUUUAUAUAUAAAAAUCUUUUGGGUUAAAUUGACUUCAAUUCACAUUAGAGUAUUUAAGAAUUAAACAACAACAAGAACAGAAGUUUCAGAUAUUAUCAUCUGAUAGUGGGACAUUAUAAAAUAAUUAAAAUAACAUUGUGACUGUUAACAGUUUCCAUGCAAUAAUUUAUGAAUUGUUCAACCAAUGCUUUUCAAAUUUCAAUAUGUUGUUACCUUUUACAAAAUUGAUGUCAAGUUGGAAAUGGACUAUUUUCACUUUUGCUGUUCAGGAAUAAUGGUCCUUGAUAGAUUGGAAAAUGGCACUUUUUGUCCAAACAGGCACAUAGAGAAUGUGUCAAGUCAAACAAGCCUGAAAGCACCCUUCAUUUGUACAUAGGAAUACAUUAAUUUCAGUCUUACAAGCUGCCUAAGUUCAAUAAUGGUUACCUUCAAAGACAGAAAAACUGGUAUCCUGUCAAUUUGACAGCUCCUUCUUUGUUUGUAUGUUGUGUUGGUUCUACAGGGAAUACAAAGUCAGUGACCACCAUUUUGUUUUACAUCAUUGGAUUCCUUAAACAAUGACGAAUGAAAUAUCAAUUAAAAAAUCUAUUUUCUUAGUUUAAAGAUUUAUGUAUGAAAACUAGAAGAAUGAAGUUUUGUUUUUUCCUAUACAUUCUAAGUAAUUUUAUAGCUUUGAUGUACAUUUUACACUACUCUUUUACUAGUAAACAAGGUCAGUGACAUACAGUCGUAUUUACAUGUUCAUUAACAAAAUCUUAUCUAUUGCAAAAUGAAAAAAAAUGCUAUGGACAGGUUUUUAUGCCCCACCUACGAUAGUAGAGGGGCAUUAUGUUUAUCGGUCUGUGUGUCCUUUCGUUCUUUCUUCCGUCUGUCCCGCUUCAGGUUAAAGUUUUUGGUCUAGGUAGUUUUUGAUGAAGUUGAAGUCCAAUCAACUUGAAACUUAGUACACAUGUUCCCUAUGAUAUGAUCUUUCUUAUUUUAAUGCCAAAUUAAGAGUUUUGACCCCAAUUACACUGUCCACUGAACAUAUAAAAUGAUAGUGCAAGUGGGGCAUCCGUGUACUAUGGACACAUUCUUGUUUUAUGAUAUUUUACCUUAACCUCAUUUUCAUGGUUAAAAAAUAAAUGUUCUUUUUAUGAGUAGGUCUAUUUAUUAAUUACAAUGAAUAUAAGUUGCUAUAAUUGCUUUCAUCCACUUUAUUUGAACAUUGGUGGAUAAUAGUCUCUUUGGCAAUCAUACCACAUCUCCUUAUUUUUAUAUAGAGCUACUAUAUUUGUUCAAAAGAAUCAAUGUUACAUGUACAUUUUGUUAUUACAGAUUCACAUGACCUUGACUUAAUUUUCUUGGUCUAUUGAUUUAUUUUAAGUUUUUUCCAUAUACUUAGUAUAAUCAUCAACUUAAUUUUGGUGAGUGUCUCUGCAGUGUCUGCACUAAUGUUUUUUGCCAAGACUGCCUGGCUGAAUACUGUCAACAUAUUAUUCAGUUAUAAUCAAUUGAGCAGGCACCAUAUAUCAGCAUGUGCACUCUGGUUUAUUGUUGUUUUUGUUUUUAACCCUUGCUUCUGAUUUCUUAGCAGCGGAACAUGUACAGUAGCUUUUAUGGUCCUUGGGAUGGUAGGCAAAUACAAAAAAAAAAUAUCCAAAGGAUCAGAAGAGCUAUUUUUUUUGCAGCUUCUAAUUUUUGUGUUCACAAAAUAUUGUUUCCAUAAUAAAUUUCAAUGAUAAGAGAUGUUUCAAGAGCUUUAAAACCAAAAGGGCCUACACAGAAUAUAAAAGGCCAAAUAAAUGUAUCUAGCCUUUUUAGUCAGUAGAAUUUUAUUGUGAAGUAAUAAUAACAGAUUUUUCUGUCCAGUUCCAAUACAGAAAACCUUCUUAACUUCACAGAUAGUGUGACAAUUUUUAUUUACAUUAUUUCUGUUCAUGUGAGAGUAGGGAAAAUGUAUUAGUUUACACUCAUUUGAAAUUACAAAUCUUAUGUUAUGAAACUUUUAAGAAGUUUGAAAAUCAUUUGUCUAAUCAACUAAUUCAGGGGCAGGGGUUUGAACUUUCCAGAGAAGAGUGGUUGGUAAAACUUUUGGUCCUUGGUUAAUUUUGUUGGAGUGAUUGGUUGUUGUAAAUAUAUUAGUCUUAAUGUAACAAAAGUAUCAUCAGUUGUUAAAAUAAGUUGUUUUAUCAUCAGAAGGUAGAUUUACAUUCGACUGUUUCAUGUUUAUUCUGUGUAAUAAUGUAUAUUAUCAGCAAGUAUACUUGUUGUAACCCUGUGUUAACAUUAUUAUAAAUAAAAAUAUGACAUAA